AAUGAAUACACCCAGGUCUUGGCCCAGGGCCCUGUGGUCAAUUUGAGUGGGCACUGGCAGUGUAUUCGGCCGGGGGAGAUUGGCAGUCGAAUGGCUUUUUGAACCUCGACGCGGCUCGUUUUCCCGUCUUUACGUGGCAGCAUUUGCGAGGAAGCUGCGUCUCUUUACUAUUGCUGGCUCCUCCUCCGCAAGUCGGUGGCUGAGUGUUUUGUUCACUGACAUUUUUCACAUAGCCAGACAGUAGCGAAAAACAACAGCAAUCAUGUUUACUCUCUCGGAGUGUAUGGUAAUUUUAGCUAUGUUAUCCGCCACGGCGUCAGGUUACUUCGUAAGCAUCGACGCUCAUGCAGAAGAGUGUUUCUUUGAACGAGUCAACUCUGGUACCAAGAUGGGCCUCAUGUUUGAGGUGGCCGAAGGAGGUUUCCUAGACAUCGAUGUGGAGGUAAGGUCUGAGUUGUGAAAGGUGCCAUCUUUCUUAAUCUAAUUGAGGGUGACACUAUGCCCCACAGCUGUUAGCUAGGUUUGGCAAAUCAUGGGCCAAACUAGCUAAACAUUAACAAUUUAGCUAGCUAACGUCGUUAGCCUAGCUAGCUAUGCUUCCAAACGUCACUCAAAUUGUGCCAUAUGGCUAGCGAGCAAGCUUUCUACGUUAGCUAGCUUUACUCUCUUGGUUGACAGAGUGCGAGACUAUCAGGGGAUUUUGUUAAUAAUCAGGAGCCAAGGGAUGAUUUCAUGUUAGGGCUAUUGAUCAUAUCUGAGUUAGUACUGAUGGUGGUGGUGAGCAUAUAUUGACUAUCUGAUGCUGUCCAGUCAAAACAUGGGUAACUAGCUACCUUUAUGCCUAAUGUUUAAUAGAUUGUCAAUGACUAAGAAGGUACUUUUCAUUUGCAGAUCACAGGUCCAGAUGGGAAGCAGAUUUACAAAGGAGACCGAGAAUCCAGUGGGAAGUACUCUGUGGCUGCCCAUAUGGAUGGCACGUACAAGUUUUGCUUCAGCAAUAAGAUGUCCACCAUGACACCCAAGAUCGUCAUGUUCACCAUUGACAUUGGAGAGGCCCCCAAGGGAGACGGCAUGGAGACAGAAGGUAGGCUGGGGUGAAGAGGCAGCAAUGGCACCAGGGCUCAACGCUGACCUUUUUUACAAGGAGCAAGUGUGCGCCUACAUUGAAAAAUGUAGGUGCACACAAAGAAAUUUAGGAGCACAAUGAAAAAUAUUUCUGGUGAUAAAGCAAUAAUCCUUAAUUUUUCUAGGCGCACUGGUGCUCCUAAAUAAAAAUUCCAGAUUGCACUGCAAAAUAUUUAGGCACACAUUCAAGUAAAAUGGUCGCACUGUAGAGCUCUGGGCACACUGACUGAUGUUAGGAAUAUAAUCUCACCAUGUAUUUUUAGGUUCUGUGGAAGACUCUUUGUGCUACUUUCAUUUUCUCCCGCUGUUUUCCUUCAUAUUCCUCCUUUUCUCAUUCUGCUCUCCCCCCCCCCAUCAGGUGGUGGAGACACCUGGGACGGUAGGUUAACACUAUUGCAUGAGGUCAGAGAUGGUCAUUCUUCAAUGCCCUUGGCCUCUUCUCUGUAGUGUUGCUUACCCCAAGCACUGAAUUGAAAAAUUAACACAGUCAAUUUUCAUAGUUAGUCUUAUUAAUUGCCUGGGUUGUGCUGUUUUCAUUUGCUUUAUGGACACUCACCUGCUGCCUGGCAAUGACUUAAGAUGGGUGAAUAGAUUUAGGAAUUUAUGCCCCCCUCAGCUUCUGCCAUAUGGGCAUUCAGUAAACAACUCGGGUCAAUUACUUUUGCCCUCAGUCUUUCGAAAGUGUUGGUUGGUCAGUUUCAAUAAUACAUCUUGUAUCAAUUCAGUACGCUUGUGUCCAGUCAAUGCAGCAGUUUGCACAGCACUACCAGCUCAAAUGGUGCCUUUAGUUUUAUGUUAAUCCAAGUCUGUUCUGUUACAGCAGAUGUUUUAUAAAUGUUAAAGAUGCACUAAAGACAGGGUUGAAUGACUUCAAUGUAUCUGACAAUGUAUUUGUAAGGUUAAUGUAAAGAUUAGUUAGUUAACAAAUGUUUUGUACAAUGGGUAUACCCAAGCUUUGGUAGAGAUAUGGAGAUGUCACAGUUUACUGUUACUGGUGGCGUUUGUGUGAUGUACGAACAUUUCCUGCACAACUUUUUAUUGCUUGAAAGUCAUUACAUCACUUUGACCAGCAUCUACAAUAAACCUAACCUUGAUGUGCGUUUUACUGGAUGUGCCUGUACUUCUUGGGGUUUCUUUGACUCUGCAAAAUGUUGUAUACUGUACUACUUGUGUUAAUUUUCAAUUCUUGUUCACAGCCCACCAGAACAAGCUGGAAGAGAUGAUUAAUGAGCUAGCAGUUGCCAUGACAGCAGUAAAACACGAGCAGGAAUACAUGGAGGUCCGAGAGAGGAUACACAGAGCAAGUAAGACCGCUUAUGUGCUGCUUCUUCAACAACAGCCAUGUAUAAUGUGCUAUUUCCAUAGAAAAUGAAAACCUACCGACAUAACCUCUAUCUCAAACUGCAUAACAUUUCAUGCAUUUGUGUCAAGAACACCCAAUUUUGACAGCUUAGUGAAUGCACUGUUCAGUGGCAGUAGUGGUUUAAUGUACUGUCCUGUUUUCCUCUCCUCUAGUUAAUGACAACACAAACAGCCGAGUGGUGCUUUGGUCCUUCUUUGAAGCUCUUGUGCUGGUAGCCAUGACCCUUGGACAGAUCUACUACCUGAAGAGAUUUUUCGAAGUGCGGAGAGUUGUGUAAAACAAGUCUUUUUUUAAUAUAUAUUUUUUACUCAAAUGAUUUACUAUUCACUUGAGCCAUUAGCUGCACCAUACUUCAAAAUUGGAAAUCAAACAUCUGAAAAUACUUUUCAUUGUCCAAUCUCCUGUCUUUCUGUUCAUGUACUUCAGACCAUGGUACAUAUGCAUGUUUUUCCACUCGAGGAAAACUGUCUUCGCAUUGACUCCUCAGACUUUGACAUCAAUAGCACUGAAGAGGGUAUUAUUAAUUUUUGAUCAAGGAAGGUUUGACUAUUUGCACAUUCAAAGCCACCGCCCCAAAACACUGGAUGAGCUUUUCUUCUCGUCUUAUAGCUGUGGAUAGAAUGAGUAGGUGGUGGAAAUAUUUUCACUUUUACAUUUUAGUCAUAUAGCAUUAUCCAGAGCGACUUACAGCAAUGAGUGCAUACAUUUUUGUACUGG